UGUGGAGUCACUGUGUAUGUUAUGACUAGAGGAAACUAAACCAAAGGAAAAUUAAUUAAUGUGUUCGUUUCGUUUGGUCUCAAAAAGUUGACUAUUUAGAAUAAUGUAUAUAUUUUGUUUUUAGUCAGAAGUGGUGUUUGGGUUAAACUUCGAGGUCCAUUUUCACCUCAGAUGUCGAGCAGGAGAGAAAAGAAGCUAAUGUUGCUAAAGGAGAGGAAAAAAAAAAAACCCCACCCUUGAAACUACAUAUUCAUUGGUUGUAGUGCUCUGAUGAACAGCCAAUCAGCAGUCUGCAAAAGGGAGUCACGUGAUUUGCAGACUGGCAGGUCAAAUGGGUACGAGAGUGCAUCCGAGGAAGAGUGCUGAGGAUUGGGAGUGUAGUAAUGAUGUAGCGCGUUGUUAAAUAUUUAUAUAAAAAUGAUAUUUUGAGAAGCUGGUCAGAGUGAGGCGAGUGUGUAAAACGGAAGACAGAGCAGUUUUUUGCGUGCCUGGAGUGGGAGUGGACACCUGUCCAUAAUGUCAAUGGUCAGCACCGGCGUGCUGGUCCUCACCUCCCCUCUCCACACCCUCCCCCUCCGCCUCGCUCCUGUCCUUAAAUCCGCCGCGAAGCUGGUGGAGCACACCCUCUACGUUCAUCUCCACCCCGGCCUCAACCUGGGAACAGGCUGCCCACCUCGGCCGGUCUUCAUCCCUCCGUCCGUGGAUCUCCCGGGCCUCAUAUCGCGCCUGUACAGCAAUGCAGCGGACGUCUGCUCUCACCUGGACGUCCGGCUGCUCCUCGCCAACAUCCAUGCCCAGCAGGACGUGACCCUCGACCCUUUCCCCUCUCCUCAGACACUUUCUCAAUCCCCACAGGUUGUCAUGACAGAUUUCCCCAUAAAGGACUCGGGCCAGACGUCUCUAGUGGCUCGCUGCCUUCAGGUUUACGCCGGAAGCUGCUACGUGUGCGCGCCCAGUAUUUCCUCCGUUGUCUUGUGGCCACAGUUAAAGGAAGCGAUGGAAGAGCAGCAGGAAAACGUGAAGGAAAAUGAUUCAAGGCCCUUAGACAUGUAUGGAGACGUGGUGGUGGGCGGAACCUUCGAUCGUCUGCACGGUGCUCACCGGACCCUCUUGAAUAUUUGCUGCUUGAUGGCGAAUCGGCGCUUUCUGAUUGGAGUGUGCGACCAGGAACUGCUUAAAAAUAAGGUGUUGAAGGAGCUGAUCGAACCGUACAGCAGACGUGUGCAGAAGCUCCGCGAGUUCCUGAACGACGUCAAACCGUCCCUGCAGUACGACAUCGUCCCCCUGUCCGACCCCUUCGGACCGUCCGUCAGCGACGCCGAGCUGCAGUGCAUCGUGGUCAGCGAGGAGACGAGGCGUGGUGGCGAGGCCGUCAACAGGAAGCGAGCAGAAAACGGGCUCCCGGAGCUGGUGCUGUACGAAAUUCCUCUGAUUAAAGAUGCACAUCACGCGGACACCGAGGAGGAGAAGAUCAGCUCGUCGAGCCUGCGCACACGCCUGCUGGGCACGCUCCUCGCCCCUCCUACGCCUCGCCCCGCCCUCGCUCGGCUCCCGUACGUGAUCGGCCUGACUGGAGGCAGCGGGAGCGGGAAGAGCUCCAUCGCUCGGAGACUGGAAGCGCUCGGAGCCGCGAGGAUCGAUGCAGACCAGCUCGGCCAUGAAACGUACCGACCCAGCACGGCUGCCUAUCAUCGGAUCGUGCAGGAGUUUGGUACAGAUAUCGUGAACGAGGAUAAGACCAUUGACAGACGAGCACUGGGCAUGAAGGUGUUCGGAAACAAGGAACGAUUAAAAGCCCUAACCAGUAUAGUAUGGCCUGAGAUUGCACUUCUUGUGAAAGAAAGAGUACAGCAAGCUAAAGAAGACGGGAAGCGUGUGUGUGUGCUGGAUGCUGCGGUGCUGUUGCAGGCAGGAUGGACAGACAUUGUUCACGAGGUCUGGGUGGCCAUUAUACCGGAGGAAGAGGCCGUGCGGCGUAUAGUGCAGCGGGAUGGGGUGAGUCAGGAGGACGCGCUGAGGAGAUUACAGAGCCAGUCAUCUAACGUGCAGCUGGUGGAGCGGGCCAACGUGGUUCUGUGUACACUGUGGGAACCGGACGUCACUCAGAGACAGGUCAUGAAAGCCUGGACUUUACUUCAAGUUCGGAUACAGCAGAGAAAAGAGGACGCUGGAUUUCAGCCCUGAGACGACCGUGUUUUCGCACUUAGUAGUUUGAGGUUUUAUUUUUUCACCCAAACAUCACACUGAAUCAGGUUUCAGCAUGUAAAACAGGAACGAAAGCAAACGGUCUUUAACCCCUGACCGAGCUGCUGAGUCAUGUUUUGAUUUCCAACGAUCGCCGCUUUAGCUUUGUAUUUUGACUGGAUUUUCUACGACAAGGUCGGUAAACGAAGACUUUCGGAAACCUAACUUUCUAGUUUAGCGUUGUCCAAAACAUGAACCGUUUCAUAAAGCGAGUUGUAAAAUCAGUAUUAUUGUCUCAAUCAUGUCCUUCGAAUCGUGGGGUAGCGAGGAGCUGAGCCUUUUCGGAAAAAGGCCCUACUGGCGCAAGAAACAAAACUCGUUCCUCGUCCCGAAGACGUUUCACAUCCGAGGACGAGCCCAAAGUCGAACCGCGACGCUCAAUGAAAAAUUUACUGGGUGCAAGGCAGGAACGUACACUGGAUUGGAAACUGGUCUGUUCACAGGGUGAGGGAGAAAAUGCAUUAAUUUAAUCAAAUUCUUUAUUAAAUUAAAAAUCUUACAAAUUGCUUACGAGUCAAAAAGUUUUAUAUAUAUUUUUUAAAAAAACGUUUUAAAAAAAUGAGCUUCAUGUAUGCACACACCUUUCACCGACCACUUUAUCAGGAAUACCUCUACGCCUUCUCAUUUGUGGAACUCUCCAAUCAGCCAAUCACAUUGCAGCAGAGCCCACUGUUUAAAACAUCAAGAGCUACAGUCAGCGUGGUUGUUGGUGCCAGAAGGGGGCUGGAUUAAAAGUAUUUCCCAAGCAGGAUGGAGCGAAAACCAAAAAACAAACAGUUCUCAGAGGUCAGAAGAGAACGGCCGUGCUAGUGCGAGAUGACAGGACGGCUACGGUAACCCAAGAAAAAUAUUUAAAAAAAAAAAAAAAGAAAGAAA